ACGGUCACCUUCAAUUCUGAGCUCCAUCCUCAAGGUGUACCUGCUCCUCCCCUUCAGUUUUGUAAAGGUGCACCGACUCCUCCCCUUCAGUUUUGUACAGGUGUACCGACUCCUCCCCUUCAGUCUUGUACAGGUGUACCGGCUCCUCCCCUUCAGUCUUGCACAGGUGUACCGGUUCCUCCACUUCAGUCUUGCACAGGUGUCCCGGCUCCUCCCCUUCAGUCUUGCACAGGUGUCCCGGCUCCUCCCCAUCAGUCUUGUACAGGUGUACUGGCUCCUCCCCAUCAGUCUUUUACAGGUGUACUGGCUCCUCCUCUUCAGUCUUGCACAGGUGUGCUGGCUCCUCCCCUUCAGUCUUGCACAGGUGUAGCGGCUCCUCCCAUUCAGUCUUGCACAGGUGUACCGGCUCCUCCCCUUCAGUCUUGCACAGGUGUACCGGCUCCUCCCCUCCAGUCUUGCACAGGUGUCCCGGCUCCUCCCCUCCAGUCUUGUACAGGUGUCCCGGCUCCUCCCCUCCAGUCUUGUACAGGUGUCCCGGCUCCUCCCCUCCAGUCUUGUACAGGUGUACUGGCUCCUCCCCUCCAGUCUUGCACAGGUGUCCCGGCUCCUCCCCUCCAGUCUUGUACAGGUGUACCGGCUCCUCCCCUCCAGUCUUGUACAGGUGUCCCAGCUCCUCCCCUUCAGUCUUGUACAGGUGUCCCGGCUCCUCCCCUUCAGUCUUGUACAGGUGUCCCGGCUCCUCCCCUCCAGUCUUGUACAGGUGUACUGGCUCCUCCCCUCCAGUCUUGUACAGGUGUACCGGCUCCUCCCCUCCAGUCUUGUACAGGUGUACCGGCUCCUCCCCUCCAGUCUUGUACAGGUGUAGCGGCUCCUCCCCUUCAGUCUUGCACAGGUGUACCGGCUCCUCCCCUCCAGUCUUGUGCAGGUGUACUGGCUCCUCCCCUCCAGUCU